AUGAUUCCCUCCGACCAAGAGUACUACUCUCUCCAGAAGAAGUGUGGUAUCUCUUCUACGCCGAGACGCCUGUGCAACUUCUCCAGCCUCAACUACAGUAUCUGGGGUCAAGAUGGGCUGGCAGAUAUGUUCCAUUUCGAGAUACUGCUUGUGGGAAGCCACCCAGAACAUUACGGUGUGAACAUGGAUCGCAAGCGCCAAUGCGUGGCUUUAGCGCGAGACCCGUCACCGCAGCGUUGGAAUAGCGCACAGAAUCCGAGAACCCCUCCAGGCUAUUAUGUAAGGAGUAGAGACUUCUUCAUCGAAGGCAGAGUGUUUGCCGUCAUCAUGAACGAGACUGCCGGAGACACUUCGAGACCGCUUGACUACAACACGUCGCGGUCCCUGAAUAAAGUGAGAUUCAACAACAACUGGGUCUACACAAAUACUCGUAGAUUCAUUGUGGUCAGGAAGAAGCGCGAAUUCUGCUAUGCUUGUCCCAUCUUCACUUAUUCUGGAAGAGCAACGACCAAGAGCGGCGUGGUACCAGGAGAGCACAGCAUUGUCUAUUCCCGAGGUACAGAUCCUACGCUUCUCAACGGCGAAUAUGGUAUCACGAAACCACCUAUUGUCGUCGAUAUGACUGCGGGUGAAAACUACUUACAAUUUGCAUCACGAAUCUAUUUUGGGAUCCAUCAUCCUAUCCAGUACAAUGUCAAGGUCAAGGACGUUGGCCAGGUACCAGAAGAGGCUAUUCCGCUGCUCAUCGGAAACUGGCGAGAAGAGAAUCGCGCCGAUCAGGACUCGAGGCAAUCAGCCAGUGUUACGGAUCUUGCUGAGGUAGACGAGGAAGAUGAAGCAGGCGAGGAAGAAGAAGAGGAAGAGAAGCCUGUCGAUUCUUACAUAUACCACGCCAGGUAUAACGUCAAAGGUUACCAUCCUCAAAUCAGUCCAUAUAGCUAUCACCCUACGCACAAUCUCUACGGUUGGCACGAGACUUUGGCACCAGAAUGCUACCACCCUGAACACAACAAGGAGGGAUUUCACUACACCGGCAACCGCUGCGGUUACCACAGCGUAUCUAAUCCAUUCGGUUACAACUCCCAAAUCGCCCCAGACAACUACCAUCCGGAGCUGAACCCCGAGGGCUACCACUCGGAAAAGAACCCCACUGGAUAUCACCCAAUCUCCAAUCCGACUGUCUACAGUAGCAAAAGGAAUCCGCAUGCCUAUCAUCAGACGAAGAACCCCUAUGGGUAUUCGACAGUAUACUACCAUGCUUAUCACCCGGUCCAUAACCCGCAUGGCUACCACUACUUGCACAACCCGUACGGGUAUGAUCCCAACUCAAAUCCCACAGCGUAUCAUCCACAGUACAACCCGAACGGUAUCCGCCCGCCAGUCGUUGCCGACAGCGUGGGCGACAUAACACAAGCUCUCCAGGUUACGACUUUAUGA